AUGUUGAGUAUGGCUGGAAUAUCCGAGGGCACGACGAAAUUCACAGGCACUAUUGAGCUCAACAACAAAGGCAAGUCCUUCACCACUGUCGGUGUUGCUCCACAAUCACCCUUUGCAUCAGCCCUGGAGGACAUGAUCCAGGAACAAUACGACCGAGCUGACGAUCGCCUGGACUCUGACGAUGAAGGCGACGAGCUUACGAGGGACGUCAACAUGCGCCGGGUCAUCCGCCGGCAGCCUGCCCAUGACCAUGACGCUGGUGAAGAAGACGAGUAUUCCAGGGAGCAAAGGCUGGUAGAACGCAUAGAUGAAAUCGAGGCAGGAGAUGGACGACUCAAUGGCAACGUUGCAAAUGGAGGUGCAGAAGGUGAGGCUGAGUGCGCAACCUGGGACGACAGCAUCUCCGAACGGAAGCGGACCGUGAACCGGAGGAUGGAUAACAUUGCAGAUAUCGCGGAAACAAAUCAUGGCAUCGUGUCAAGACACUUUCCAACCCUCACCGCACACAAGACAAGCAUUAUUCCACAUAUGUCUCCCUUACGACUGCGACGUGGCUACAUCAUUUACAAGCACAAUACCAUCAUCAUCCUUCCACCAUUCCCGCGGAUCGUGAUUGAGACUGUUCCCAUCGUCCCACCAAGUUCUCUGAAACCUUGGGAGACAUCAAAAUUCGCUCCUUUCGUCACUCUCUUCGAGUCUCAUCAUUGUAUUCCAUCAAUUAGCAAGCGAAGUAACGGGAGCCCACGAUUGAUUAUACUGGACAACCGCUUGUCGUAUGGCGAAUAG